CUGGGUGUGGCCCUCGGUUCUGGUCGGCAGCGCGCCCUCGGCUGCCGCCAUGGCCCGCAAGAAGCUGCACCGGCCCAUCGCCGCCAUGGCCAAGAAGAUCCGCGAGUACCGGGCGCAGAAGGAUCGGCCGCGGGACUCUCAGCGCUUCGCCGUGAACUACGAGACCAUGCGGCGGCCGCUGACGCAGAAACGGCUGCCCGUGCGGGCGUGGGAGGACGUGCGGAACGAGAACCGGCUGUUUGCGCUCCUCUGCCGCCAGCCGCGCUUCGGUGUGGGCCGCACCGUCACCCGCAAAUCCUGGCUGUGGGCGCACGACGAGCCCUGCUACUGGGUCAUCACCAAGGUGAAGGCGGACUACAUGGCUGAGAAUAUGGACCAUGGAAGAGCCUGGGGCUACUUGACCUUCAAAGGCAAAACUGAAGAGGAAGUGAGGGAGAUUGACAAAGCCAUGUACCAUGACUGGCGUAUGGUGCCCAAACACGAGGAGGAGGCCUUCAAGAAAUUCACCCCAGUGCCUGAGGAGACCAUUCGGUUCCUGCCAUACCCACCACUGCUCCGAGCCAUGAUUCUUGCACAGUGGCAGAAGGAGGGAAAACCAAUCAUGGAAGAGCCAGUUAUUGAUCUAGAGAAGGUCUUGGCCUCUCCCCAAGAGCAGACAAAGAAAAAAGCUACAGGGACACCAGUAUAAAGACUUCUUCUGUGUCCUGAGUCCCUUGUGCUCUCACUGCCUGUUAGAAGCUCAGUGGACAGGGGGUCUUACAGAGCCCCUCUUUGUCCAUUGUGGUAGGAUGUUUCCAGCUUUCUCCUCAGCUCUGCAAGUCACCUCAUCUGAAAGGGAAGAUGCAGAUAUAUUCACACUCUUCUUCCAUAACUUUGGCUUCAGUCAGCAGAAGAGUCUUCUUGGUUCCCUGGAUAGUCUCUAAAUACACAGCUCCAGUCAGCCAGCUGCAAUUCUUUGGAGCAUAACAUGUUUUACAUAACUUGGGUCCUGCAUGAAUCACAGAAAAAUGACUCCAAAUAUCUCAGUAUUUCACAGAGCUGUGAAAAAAUAUAUCUGCAAAUGGAAAUAAAUAUUUUCUUAAUUCUGCA